AUGCAAUUUUUAUUUUUAAACAUCGACAAACAUGACAAUAACCGCGGUGGCGGGGACUCUAGGGAGAACCGCCGCUCUUUGGCAGAAUUUAUUGGUUUCGACUCCUCUCAGUACUCGGAGCCUGCCGCUACACCUAAACAUGAGCAGCAGCGUCCUAAUGAGAUCGGAAGCAGCACUUCUACCGAACGCGACUGGCGUUGGGAAGAAUGGGAGGCGCCCGGUAGCCCCGAGGCGGCCCAGACUCCGCGUUCUCUUGUACCACCAGCAUGCUUCCCGCCCAGGCAUCCCAAUACGUUCGCUAGUUACAGCGAGAGUGCUCGCCCCGGCAGUUGGGCGGAAGACACGCCCGGGCAGAUAAGUGACCUUGUUGCGUCUUUGAAGAGUCUUGCUAUGAUGCCUUCUCCUUCCACCAGUGGUAGCCUGCAUAUGUCUACGGAGCGUCACGGCUACGAAAUCGCAGAUAAAACUGUGGAGCCACCAUGGCCGCCGGAACAAGCUUCCAUCUGUAAUGACGCCAACACGCUACCUCGAGGUGCUUUCUUUUGCGGGGUGGUGCGGCGCGGCGCGGAGGGCGAGGCGCUGCGCUGGUGCGGCGCGCUGCCGCCGCGCGGGCCGGAGCCGGGCGCAGAGUCCGCGGCCGCCUUCUCUCCCAAGGUGUUCCUGGGUGGCCUGCCCUGGGACAUCACCGAGCAGGCUCUCAUGCACUCGCUCCGCCACUUCUACCCGCUACGCGUGGAGUGGCCGGGUCGGGAGGGGGGCGGCGCGGGCGGUGCGGGUGGCGCGGGCGCGGGGGAGGGGAGCGCGCCGCGCGGCUACGCGUACGUGACGUUCGAGAGCGAGCGCCGCGUGCGCGCGCUGCUGGCCGCCGCGCGCCGCGACGGACACGACUGGUACUACCGCAUCGCCUCUCACAACAUGCGCACCAAGGAGGUGCAGGUGAUCCCGUGGGCGGUGGGCGACUCGAACUGGGUGCGCGCGCAGUCGGCGCGCCUGGAGCCGGCGCGCACGGUGUUCGUGGGCGCGCUGCACGGCAUGCUCAGCGCCUACGCGCUCGCACUCAUCAUGAACGACCUCUUCUCCGGCGUCGUCUACGCAGGCAUCGACACCGACAAGAAUAAGUACCCGAUUGGCUCGGGUCGUGUUACGUUCAACAACGUGCACUCUUACGUGAAAGCAAUCUCUGCGGCGUACGUCGAGAUAAGCACUGACAAAUUUACAAAAACGAUUCAAGUAGAUCCGUAUCUUGAGGACUCGAUGUGCUCUCUAUGCAAUUUGCAGCAGGGUCCGUACUUCUGUCGUGAGCCGGUAUGCUUUAGAUACUUCUGCCGGUCGUGCUGGGCGUGGCAGCACCAGAGCGUGAGCCACAAGCAGCUGAUGCGCAACUCCAAGAGCGCGCAGGGCGGCGCGCCCGCCGUGCUGCGCCGCUCGCCGCCCGCCGCCGCGCCGCCGCACGCCCCGCUGCCCGCCGCGCCGCCCGCCCCGCUGCCCGCGCCGCUCCCCGCCCCGCCGCUCCGCUCGCACCGCCGCCACGCACCCGACCAAACUUGUUAUAACGGCGGCAGCAACGGCACUGGCAGACCCAGUGAAGGAACUCCCUUGUCGGGAUCGAGCGGCACCAGCGAGCUGGAACCAAGCACGGCAAGCGAAGUUGCCGCUGAAUCCUGGGUCUUGCACUGA